AUGCUUGACUCGCCGUCAGUUGGCGUGGAUAGAAGCAUGGAGAGUCUUCGUGAGAGGCUUUCGUGUCUGAUUCCCGCGUUUCUCACCUCAAUCAGCUACAUAUCCCCUCCUGAUGUCAACAAGGAGAUCCUGCGAGAGGCCUUACUUGAACAAGGUCGCCAGAACGGUGUCCAUCUUGACUCCGACGAUGCCUCGCUCAUGCUGUUUGAAGCCGGGCUAGCAGUUGCGGCGGAGAUGUACCCGCUCCAUCCCCUUGACAUUCAAAUCCACAUCGGCCUGUUCACGUGGCUAGGCUUCAUCAUUGAUGACCAGAAUGCAAAGUUUGGACCGGACUUGGAGAUGUUUCAAUCACGAUUUCAGAACGGAGAACAACAGCCGUCAUCACAGUUACAAUGCUUCGCCACUGUGCUCAGAUCAACGAUCAAGUACUAUGAUCCUGUCAUUGCCAACUUAAUCGUGCUCUCUGCUCUUGCAUUUGUCAACUCAAACGCCAUUGAGAUUCGGCCGCAGUACCAAUCGAUUGUCGUCACACGUGAUACGGUCAACUGGCCGUAUUACUUCCGAGACAAGGAGGGUCUCCCCGAAGUGUACACAUACUUCUGCUUCUACAAAGCCAUGUGCCCGGAUAUCUCAAUGUUCCUCCCGGCUGCACCCGAAAUGGGAAAGUUCAUCAACUUGACCAACGACAUCCUAUCUUUCUACAAGGAGGAAAAGGCUGGAGAAGACCGCAACUACAUUCACAAGACGGCGAUGGUCUUGAACUGCAUCGCUCUCAAGCCAUUUUACAAAGUUGUCAAAUGUGCGCCAGCAUUUGGCAUGCAUAUGCAAUGGGGUAUAUAG